GCACUUUAGAAUCGGAAACAUCAUUUGCGGCCUUACCAUGUUUUGUGCAGACCCCACUACUUGUGGUAGGCUCAUCAUGUUCGUUAUUGCACUUCCUUUAUUACACCUCUUGUCGUAUCUGCAAUUUGUCCUUCUCUAACCAGAGCUUCCACCAUCCUGCCUUUCCCUAUAAUUUGCCGGAUUAUCAUAACAGAACGAUUCAAACAUCGAUGCAUUUGUCCACCAUGUAAACAUGCUCCAAUUACGAAAUCAUGAAAAGAGUCCACAUAUGUAUAUCGAUCCAUCGAAGGAACUGAAUGCUGGACUCUGGACUCUUUUUGCGGGCGCAACUGUUUUUCUCGCUCUCCGAUUCUGGAUCAAGAUCAGGUUCCGUCAUGGCCUGUGGUACGAUGACCAUAUUCUUUUGGUAUCUUGGAUUAUUUUAGCUGCCAACAAUGCCAUAAUAUCUGCAGAAUAUGCCACUGGCUAUGUAACGGACAAAUGGGACGAUCGCAUGCAUAUCCUCAUUAACAUAUCGUCGUGCGGAACUUUGCUGGGACAAGCAUUGACGAAGACUGCAUUCGCGGUGACCUUGUUGAAGCUGACAAAGGAAUGGUACAAGUGGAUUCUGUGGUUCUGUAUUGGUACUAUGAACCUAUACAUGGUUGUCAAAAUCAUCUUUCAAUGGGCAAAGGUGUGCGAGAAGCCUAGCUAUGACGUGUGGUACCGUCUGGAUUUCUGCUUAGGCUGGCAAUUCCGCGAAGAUUUCAAGGAGGGUGGAAACAUAUACAACAUCGUCAUGGAUUUCGUCUUCGCUACGUUCCCAUGGAUCAUCACUUGGAAUUUAGACAUGCGCAGGGUGGAAAAGAUUGGUUUGUGCGUCACCAUGAGCCUAGGAAUGAUUGUUGCUAUUGUGGCUGCAGUGCGGACAGGGUGGAAAGACCAGACCAACGUUAAGGACGAAAUGUAUUUCUGGCGCAACGCACACUCUAAUGUGUGGUAUUCAUCGGAAAUCGUCGGCACAAUCAUUGUGCAAUGCAUUCCCGUCCUACGACCGCUCCUCAGGGACAUGCACUCAUCGUUCACAAGUCGUAGGGCAGAAGAGAGAUCUCAAAAGCUGGGGUGUGAAUUGAGGAAUAAACGCGACAGCCGCGAAAGCAGUCAUCAAUUUUUGAGCGAUCAAUCACGCGUCUACUCGGUGCAUUGUUGGGCGCAUGGAGACGAGCUUACACUUAAGCCACAACGAGACGCAAAGGAGACAGUAUUGGAAGUUGGUGAGGCCUCUGAGGAAGGGAACAAGAUACUACUUAAAUAGCGAAACACCUAC